AUGGCCAUCUUCUACGAAACCGGGGAAGAUGCUCGACUAGCAUGCCGCUCCGGCACCUUCGCCUCAACUACAGCCGGCCAAGCUCCCACAUAUCUACAAGCAAACCUCAUCGUUCUUCCACGGCGUUACGCCGAUGAUUUCCGUCUCCUCUGCCACCGUAACCCAGUGCCUUGCCCCCUCCUCGCAGAGUCAGCAAGUCCCGGCGACUUCAAGCAGCUCAAGUCCUACGUCAGAACCCCUGACGGCGAAAAGAUUCUACCCGUGGCCACAAACAUUGAUCUCCGACACGACUCGCCCCGAUACCGAGUCUACGAGGAUAGUAAACACGUCCCAGUCAACGACGUCUGGGAGCCUGUAAGCGUGGAAGACAAGUGGCUUGAUGGCGACCACGUGGGCUUCUUGAUCGGCUGCUCCUUCAGCUUUGAGAGGGCACUCAACGAGUCUGGACUUCCACCGCAACACAUGACACAUGGCCGCAACGUCCCCAUGUAUCGGACCAACAUCCCGCUCUGUGCUGCAGGAGUCUUCAAGGGGGCGACGUAUGUUGUCUCCAUGAGGCCGUACAAAGUCUCGGAGAUUGAGAAAGUGAGGGAUAUCACCAGACCCUUUGUAGCAACGCACGGGGAGCCGAUCGCGUGGGGCUGGGACGGUGCGAAGAGAAUCGGGGUCACGGACAUCACGAAGCCUCAUUGGGGUGAUCCAGCCCUGCAACUAGAUGGGAAAACUGUAUUCGGACCCGACGAUGAGGAAUACGUGCCCGUCUUCUGGGGGUGCGGGGUCACGCCACAAGAGGCUGUGAUGAGAGCCGAUAUCAAGGGCACGGUAAUGGGACACGCACCGGGACACAUGAUCAUCAUGGAUGUGAGGGAGGAUGAGAUCUUUCCCAUCUCAUAG